GCCGAAGUGGCCAAUGCUUUUCGCCUGCAAUUUCCUUUUAUUGUGGGGAUAGAACAAGCACGCGGGGUCGUCCCGCACUAAGGGUCAGCAUGUCCAGAUCAACCUCACUCGUUUCAAUCCACCGUCAGGCCUUCUCUGAUCUACUGUCAGGCGUUCGGUGGUAGAAAAUAUUUCUCGUUCGAUUGGUAUCUGCCCCGAGAAGUGCAUGUUAUGCAUAGGUGUAUAUGCAACGUCCAGCCAGGAAAAAGGGCCUUAAGAACGUGUACGGGAAGACCGUCGGACUUCACCCCAUCUCCGUUAUCCGAUGUCCGUAGGGGCACCAGGAUUCCUCGGAUGAAAGGAAGAAGAUCAUGGACCGGCAAAGAUUAAGCAUUGUGGAAGAGAGGGGAAAGGGUAAAGGAGGUCUUCGAGCGAAUGGAGUUGGGGGCGGGGGUGGUGAAGAGCAAUGGGGAAUAUAAAAGGAGCUUACAUCACGGCGAUUUGAAUGGGCAAUUGGAUUCCCUCAUCGUGAUCCACAGCAAUGAAGCUCCUGAUUUGGGGCCCUGUGCUGGCCAGUGCCGCCUAUGGCCGCGUUAUUGGCACGCGGACCCAGUCGAAGAGCACGUUGAGCUCGCCAGUCGCUUCAGUCCAGUCACCCACCGUCUACAUCGACACUUACGAGAGUACGGUGCAGGGAAAUCGAUCGCAAUACAUCUCUUCGGUCUACAACUUCAAGGCGAUUCCCUUUGCCGCUGCCCCGACUGGGGCUUAUCGUUGGCGUCAUCCGCAACAUGUCAGCGGAUGGACGGGCGUCCGUGAUGCUACUGAGUUUGCCCCGGAUUGUCCCCAGCUCGGGUCGAGCUAUUAUAGCGAGGACUGCCUGUACCUCAACAUCUGGACUCCCGACACGGCCACCCUCAAUGAUGUGCAGAACAACACGGAAACCGGGAUUGGUGUGGUACCCACCUCCUCCAGCAGUAAGCUUCCAGUCUAUGUCUGGUUCUACGGGGGCCGCUUUAGCUCGGGAUCGAGCAGCCAGGCCCUGUAUGACGGGGCCGGCCUAGCCGCCAAGGGGGUCGUGGUCGUGACCGUCAAUUAUCGACUGGGCGCGCUGGGCUUUUUAGCCCACCCGGAACUCAGUCAGAACUCAUCGAGCGGUACCUCAGGCAACUAUGGCUUAGUCGACCAGCAGGCGGCGCUGCACUGGACGAACGAGAACAUCGCCUCCUUCGGGGGCGAUCCAACCCGCAUUACUAUCGGCGGCCAGUCAGCGGGCGCCGCUGCCGUGCUCGAUCACCUCAACAGUCCCCUUGCGGACGGGCUUUUUGAGCAGGUAAUUGCCGAGAGCGGAGCCAUUUACCCUUCGAAUCCCCUGAUGGGGAGUGUGGCCGAAGGGUACCGCCAUCUCGCCGUUGCGGAGGCGCAGGGGACUGCGUAUCUCACCAGCCUCAACCUCUCGGGGAUUGCCGCGGCUCGUGCCGCUCCAGUCGAGGUCUUCCUGGCCGGCGGCGACGCGGCUGACAUUACCUACGCGAAUACCGUCUUUGCCAAUAAUUCGGUCUAUAUGGAGCCCCCGCUGUUCCGUCCCGUCCUCGACGGCUACGUUCUGCCGGCUACCUACCAGGAGAUGCUGCAACAGGGCAACCAUACCAUCGCCGCGGUGCUGACCGGCGGAAACCGAGAUGAGAACGGUGCGACCCCGAACCCCGGGAUGACGGUUGAGAGCUAUACGCGCCAGAACCAUUACGAGUUCGGCAGCGUCGGCCUGGCAGACGAGUUCUUUCGACUGUAUCCGGCAGGUAGCAGUAACAGCAGCGCCGAUGCCGCCAGCAAUACCUUUUAUCAGGACCAGACCCGCAUCUCCCUGUGGGAGUGGGCCAACGAGUAUCAGGCCGGAGUCGCGCGCAAUACCUCGGGCAACAGCACCGUCAGGACCUACGCCUACUACUGGACUCAUGCGCCUCCAGGCCAGGACGAGGGCGCGUACCACAUGAGUGAAAUCAACUAUGCUUUCAACAACCUUUAUGCAACUGACAAGCCUUGGAAGCCUGAGGACUAUGCGAUCGCCGACCGGCUGUCCAACUAUUGGGUAAACUUUCUCCGCUCUGGGAACCCCAAUGGCCCAGAGUUGCCCGACUGGCCGGCCAACGAUGCCGCUGAGCCGGUGGUCAUGGAAGUAGGCGAUGCGUGGGAGCCAGUCUUAGUGGCUUCUGCCGAGAAGCGGUCCUUCAUGAACAAGUGGUUCAGCAACUGGCCGGUGUACUGAGCGAGCUGAGCUGAUGUCAAGACUCGACUCAGCUGCAAUAGUGCAUGAGCCAAGCCCCGGACUUGAUUGGUUACAUAGUUGGCAAGAGAGGAUUGAAUGUUUUAAAUAUAUUUUUUGUUCGCGGGAAGAGGCCAUGACGAUGAAGCUCCAACUUCGGCAGAAAAGUGAUAUUUCAAGAUGGACAGAUGUACAUAGGGAUCAAAGCUAGUAGAUACCUGUAUGUCGCCUAAGGCGAGG